GGCUCAGACCAUUUUUAGCGAAACGGAAACAUGACAGUCGCUAAAAAAUAAAAUGUAGCAGAGCAGUUUUCAGUCAAGAAGCCACAGUUUUUAUACUCAUAACAACGUCCUGCUUCAGGUAGCGUCAUGCCGACGCUGUGUAAAGCUACAAAACGUCACUACAUGUACCCCAUUAGAGAUUCCAUUUACAUUAAAUCAAGCGAGGGCAGGUCCAGUCACACAACAGCCUUUUCAAUGUUCUUCUUCAACGUCCCCCUAUAUCCUGAUAGAGCUGUCAUUCGCCAGGCACGAUUGUGUUUGUCAUGUGACUGCGACAGUGCGAGAGGGACUAUACCAAACUGCAGACUUUUGCAAAGUAUAACACGGAUUCUUAUCGAAAGUGACUUUUGUCGGGUACCUUGAGUUUACAUGUUGUUAACCUUUUUAGCGUGAGGACUGUCUGUACUGUGGUCACAAACAGCUUGAUUACAUACAUGUACCGUGCUAGCUACAUUCUCACAGUCUUAACAACGUCGUAAAACAGACAGUACAACUAAAGCCUUGGUCAUAUCAAAAUGGAUUGGACGUUUUUGGCACUGGUUGUGCUUGGGGUUUUCUCCAUUGUCUCUGGAAAGAUAUGUGAGGUUCCGAGUGGAAACGCAAACCUGAUCACAUCCCUCAACAAGAAGCUGCUGAGGUCUGUGGAGGACGAGUCAGAGGAGCCCAACCCCAGCGUGUACCUCGGCCUGCGCCUCUCCAGUACACACAGCCUGAGCCUGGAGCUGGAGUACCUGGCCAAGCUGCAGACCACGCUGGAGCCCAGCCUGAAGAGCUCCCUGUCUCAACACAAGCCUCAGCCAAUCACCGGCCUGCUGGCUCUGCAUGCCUUAGCACUGCGAGCUGCGUGUGCAGACCCCAUCACAGCCACUCUCACCGACAAGACGGUUCUGCAGCAUCUCAAGCAACAGCUGCACCACGAGAAGGAACACAUUGCCAAUUCCAAUAGACCGUUAACCAACUACUACCAGUACAGCCUGGGAGUGCUGUCUCUGUGUGUGAAUGGAGUGCGACUCAAUCCCCACGUCAUCCACAAACUCACUGAGGCCCAGAAGCACAGUGCAUUCCUACACAAAGACUCUGCCAGCGUGGACACUGAGGCAAUGGCAGGGCUGGCGUUUCAGUGUUUGAAAGACUCUGCAGAGCUUUACGAUGCCCGGCUGAACGAGCAUGUCCAGCACGCUCUGGGAGCAGUGAAAGCAGAGCUGGUGAAAGCCCAGGAUGAGAAAGGGCUCAUCGGGAAUGUGUUUAGUACCCCACUCGCGGUUCAGGCUCUGUUGGCUAUGAAUUCUGCAGCUUCUCAGUGCUCUACAGCAGUGGAAACUUUGGUGACUGAGAUGAGUCUGGGGACCUUUCACAACCCAAUGGCUAUAUCCCAACUACUCCCAGUGCUCCAUCAAAAGACCUAUCUAGACAUUAGCAAAAUGGACUGCACUGGAGAGGACGACAGCCUGGUGCUGGAGCCGAGGCCCCCUGCUGGUGACCUGCCCCCUGAGAAGGUGAUGGUGCGUGUAGUGGUGGAGAGUUCAGAAGUCGGGCCUGCGAUCUACAAGGGGCGAGUGAGGGUCCCCAAGGGCUCGUCCCUGCACGACGCACUGAAGGAGAUGAAGAGACAGAAACCACAGGAGUUCUCGUAAAGUACCUUGCUCGAGGGUACAGCAGCAGUGUCCCCCACCUGGGAUUGAACCCACAACCCUCCGGUCAAGAAUCCAGAGCCCUAACCACUACUCCACACUGCUGUCCUUGAAUGAGGAGGGAUGAAUAACGCACAAGCCCCCAAACCAAAUUACUUUCCUUAGAUCAAGCUCCUCAUUUGCAUUAGCAACGUGGUGUAAUUUGCAACAGGGUCGUUUGAUUUGAAUAAAUGCAAAAUUAUACACUCGGCUCCUCUGAAUAUGAAAAAAGUUAUUAAAUGUUAGAUUUCAACGUGUCUGUUUUGGGGCUUCUCAGUAUGCUAUUAGCUGGCCUCCAGGGAGAUUAAAUGCUAUUAAAAAGUACCUUCAUUUGUACCCACAUCUUGUUACAAGGCAUCAAACAUUUAGCACCCAAAGGUAGAAUUACACCUUGUGUGGAACACAUUAGUUAAAUUACACCUGGGUAACUUUUAAUCCCAGAUGUCCUAUUAAUAUUGCAUACAUUCAAUGAGAAAGUCUAGACAUGCAGGGGAAUCAUGUAAUCUGUAAGACUUAUCAUGGGACUGACCAUGAUCAUUUUACUAACGCAUUUAGUUUUAAAAAACAUACUGGAUAUGUGAUGGGGGGAUUUCCAAACUCUAGAGCAAACUUUCUUGGUCCAAGCCCCCAAUCCUGACUGAGGAUAGUCUCUUAUCAUAAAAUAAACUAUUCUGAACAGCCUUACACAGUUAGUCUUUAAUUGAUUACUAGUUGGAAAGAGAACGAUGAUAGCAGUUUAUCAUGGAGCUGAUUAUAAAGCUAAGAGAAAAGGUGUGGCACAGCACCAAAACCAAGCAAGUAGAAAAUGCAAUGAUACAUGCUGAUGUCAGCUGUUUUUAUUCUCUGGUAAAAUACUGAAUUCAUUAUUUUUACA